AUCAUUAAUACAAUGCCAAAGAGUAUGUAUUUAAUAAAUCAAAUUUAUUAAAAUUAAAUUUCAAUUGUUGUUGAAAUGGCUCAUUAAGACAGUGCUGCCUCCAUUGGAUUGGCCCUUUAAUUGUCACAGCUGCCAUUAGCUUGUCUGGCAAAUCCAAUUAUGCGCUUAGGUCUCCAGUCUAAAAAUAGUCAAAAAUGACAGAAAACACAGAAUCGACACGUCACUUGUUGUGAGUGCAGAGGAAAUGAUAUCUUGGGACUUUGGUCUCAGCAAAGACAAUUGACCUGUCAUGAGGACAUGAUGACGACGACAAUGAGAUAGGCAACAAGCUGUCAUGACAGAUGGGGACCUGGCGACGAAGGAGAGGUGGAUGACAUGACAGCGGGGAACGUGUGAGAGGAAGGAUUAGAUUGACAAGGCGGAUGUCUAUGGCAAAUUAAAGGGAAUAAGGAUGGGGACCUUUGUGACCCUGGCAGAGGUGCUAGAGGCCAGGGGUUCACCACUCGAUGAGGAUGAGGUCUGGUGUCUGCUGCUUGUCACCACCGAGGCCUUACUGGAUGUUUCCAAGAAAGGCUCUGGCAACAUGUGCAGUGUCCUCAGCCCAGGCUCGGUGCUACUGUCCUCUAAUGGGCGUAUGGCCUUCAAGAGCUGCGGGCGAAAUGAUGAUGUGGCCUCUUUCGUGGCUCCUGAAGUCAUUCAGGGUCACACCGCCUCUACAAGAACCACAGCUGAAAAGACACUUGUGUACUCACUGGGCAUGACUUUUUACUGGUGCGUGGAUUAUCAGGUACCUCAAAACCAGCCCGUCUAUCUUAGUGCAGCGCUGGAGGGUUUACUCUUGAGCAUGUGCGAGGACACAGUAGUAAGGCGGACAGACCUGAUGACGGUGCUGGAGACCUGCGAGCUUCACCACAAGACCUUUAUGCUCCAUCCAGCGGAGCGGCUUGUCAAGCAGCUGGUGGAAGACAUCUACAGAAAUUCAGUAGAUCCGGUGUCGAUGACAGAAAACGGAUCCCUGCUGAGUGAUCGCAGUCAGAUCAUCAGAGACAAGUUACACGGCCGGUCUUUUUGUAACUCUACAUGGUUGACAAAAAAGAAGAUCUCCAGAAGAUUCUCGGGAGCAUCCUAUACACCAGAGUCCUCGGGAUGUCGACGCACUGAGAGUAACGGGAGCUGGCAGCAAUUCAAUCGCACCGUUUGUAGCCCGUACCUGGACGGAGGUCGACGCGCUAACUCGAGAUUUCUCACACAGUUUGAGUCAACAAUGAGUCUGACUGAGAAAAAAAUGAAGGAGAUGGGUCCAGAAUUUAUAAGAAUGUCAGAUGAGCCCGUGGUUGUCUUAGAGCUGCCUGGAUCCAUUUUGUCAAAAAAAGGGAAAUCUCCCAGCACGCAGCGAGAACUGACUGUGGUGAUGCCAAACGGUCAGAACAUAGCCAUCAAGUGCGAGGUGAAAUCCAGAGGCGGGGACGUGUUUGAUAUGAUUGUCGCUCACGCCAAUCUGGUGGAACACUUCUACUUCGGCCUUGCUUACAUUGAUGAUAACGAGUUUUUUUUCGUGGACAACGAGACCAAGAUUUCCAAAAUUGCUCCCGAGAGCUGGAAGAAAGUGCCUUCAACCACCUUUGUCCUUUUUUUUCGGGUCAAAUUCUUCGUCAAUGACAUUUCUACUAUUUUGCACAAACAGACCCACCACCAGUACUACCUCCAACUUCGAAGAGACCUCUUGGACAACAGAUUGUCCUGCCAUGAGGAGACUGCUCUGUACCUUGGAGCGCUGGCCUUGCAGACGGAGUAUGGGGACUGCAUGCCUGAGGUGUACGGUAGAAACUACUGUCGCCCCGAUCAAUAUGUCCCCAAAAGCGUGAUAGAGAAACGCGCCUUGCCUUAUAUUCUCGGAGAACUGCAACGGCUCCACACAAACAACGCCCAGAUGCUCAAAGAUGAAUCCGAGCUGGAGUUCCUCAAAGUGUGUCUGCAGUUGCCCGAAUACGGUGUUUUGUUCCACCGCGUGACACGUGAGAAAAAGCCAGUGGAAGGAGAAAUUAUCCUCGGAGUUUGUGCCAAAGGCGUUAUUGUCUAUGAGGUGAAAGAUGGCUGCCGGAGCACAAGCCAGACGUUUUAUUGGAGGGAGACGGAAACUAUUUCCUCCAAUAGGCAUAAAUUUGUAAUCGAGUGCCGGGCCGGUAAGAAGAAACACACCUUCAUCGCAGAGACGUCAAAGAUAGCCAAAUACCUGUGCAACCUCUGCUCAUCGCAGCACAAGUUCAACAACGAGAUGAAUUCUCGUCAGCUCAGUCACAGCAUGGUCUCGGACGAGAACAUUACUCAAUACGCGACGACAGCUUGCCGGACUCCAAACAGCCGCUUCAAGUCCAUCAUGGGCUCAGAGACGCCUCAAGAUGUCAACGGUCUCAACACUCCUCAAAGCGAGUCCCUGACGAGGCUUUGUGAAGAUGUCGCCGCUCGCAUCGAGGCCCGCUUUAAACAGCAGCGCCAGAGCCUUUACGAACAAAGCACGUGCUCCAGCAGUCAGUGCGGCAGCACCGGUAUGCGUUCUCCAGCCUGUUCUCCCAGAAGUGGAUCUGAAGCUCCUUUUGGCUCACCAGCAGCCAGAGAAACUCCAACGAAACUAGGGCCCCCGUCAGAGAGAGAGGUCCUGUGCGUUUCUCUCAAGAAAGAUCCGAAGCUUGGCCUUGGCAUCAUGAUUGUGGGAGAAGACACGGUGGGACGCUAUGAUCUGGGCAUUUUUAUUGCAUCUGUGGUGCCGGGGGGGCCUGCUGAUAAGGAUGGACGUAUACGAGCAGGUGGUCGCCUGAUCUCUCUGAACCACAUCAGCCUGGAGGGCGCCACCUUUAGCGAGGCAGCGGAGGUCAUGCAGAGCAGCCCGGAGGAGGUGCAGCUUAUUAUCUCACAGCCAAAAGCCCCACAAACUCCAAACACUCUGCGGCCUUGUGCAUUGAGGAAUUAUGAGUCGCAAACUACGCUGAUGGCAUACGGGCAGCCGGGAGACAGCCUGGAUGAGAUUGUCUCCGUCAUGAUGGAGCCAAAGACCGGCAACAGACUCCAGCCUCCCCAAGAAGUCCGGAUCUUAAACGCGCAGGACGGCUGUUCGCUUUCUUCCUCUCUGAACUGCGUGAGGUCAGACGAGAACAUCGUGAAGCUCAAGAAGAUCGCCGGAAGCCUGGGCAUCAGCAUCACGGAUGGUGUCACUACUAAUGCUCCCAACGGCGGAAUCUACAUCAAGAGCCUUGUUCCGGGAGGGUCUGCUGAAAGAGACGGUCGCCUACGUGCAGGUGACAAGAUAUUAGAGGUCGAUGGGAUUCGUUUUCAAGGUUUCAGCUAUGAACAGGCCGUGGAAUGCCUGUGCAAAACCGGGGAGACGGUGACUUUGGCUGUGGAGAGUGCGCCCAAAAGCUUCCCGAGAGUUUCACUGAGCGCCGACACUGACACCACUGAGCCCACUCAGAACGUGGAUGGAGCUACCAGGCAGUUUGGGAUCAACAGCGCCUCGUCCAUGAGCACCCCUUCCCACAUUUUCUGCGACCGGCCCAGGGACUACAACUUUGUUACUGAUGACAAUACACAGGAAGUGACUCUGACUAAGAGCGCCAACGGUCUGGGCUUCAGCUUCGUUAUGUGUGAGCUGGACCCGCCCAUUCCGGACUUGGGCAACCUGAUCCGGAUAAAGCAGCUUUUCCCCGGCCAACCGGCCCAAAUGAGUGGCAGGAUCAAUGAGGGGGAUGUACUUUUAGCCAUCGACGGCCAGUCGCUCAAGGAGCUGUCUUAUCCAAAAGUACUAAAGUUGUUCAAGACGUCAGGCCCCGAGGUCCGACUGACGCUCUGUAGGCCUUUACCAGGGAUCCUUCCGUCGAUCCAUCAGCUUACAGGGGGCGCGUGAGUCAGUCGUGUGUCAAACAGCGGCUACCAAGAACAUUUGGAGGCAGCUCUCUUUGCAUCCUGAUCAGACGGAGAUGACAUAUGAGGAUUUGCGCAAAGAGGGCAGCAUACGAAAGAAACAGAUGAACUGACUGCAGGUGAAACACGGGAGUUUGUUUGCGGCGACAUGAACCAAAGUAAAGGCAACUGGAAUAUCUACCAAAAAGACGACAUCAUUUUAAGGAUACCUGUGCUUCUUGGCACCAUAAAAUAAUACCGUGGGUUUUGCUUCUGAAUAUGUAUCCUGAUAUCAGAGUUGUUGUUUUUUUUAUAUACAGGUAUAUAUGUUGGAGGUUUUGUUUGUGGAUGCUAUUAUUUUCAAUGAAAAAUAAAACUACCUGAACCAAAAUCUGACCUCAAUGUGAAUGAUUUCCCCCUCCUAAAAAAAAAAAAGAAAAAGAAAAAAAAAGCCCAAGUUAAAUAUGAAGACAAAUUGGGCAGGGCGGACACUGGCGCACGCCUCCCUGGGUGAGGAGGAGCCAGUCCAUCGUCGUAAAAUAAGGGGUUCCUGUAUUACAGCCAAAGCCAGUAGUGCAUCUGGAUCCCAUCACCACUUGUGCUCCCUUUGCAAAUGAUCCCAAAUGUUUCUAAUUAUGCCAGUGGAGACGGCCCAAGGCUGUGUGAGUAUGUGUAUGUUUUGUGUGUAAUCGCCCUGACGGACGUGUACACCCAAACACUAGCCUUUGUUUAUUCAUGAGCGGAGAAGCAGCAAUGGACAGCGCGGUCUUGACCUCUGCGGCCUCUGCUUAGGUCAGUGCACGUGGCGAUGACGGAUGAGGGGAAUGAUGGAGGAUGGGAAGAAUAUCAAUUGAGGAGUUUGGAGUGGGAACUCAGUAAAAAAAAAAAAAAAAUUUAAAUACAGCUUUCACCAUCUAACUAAAUAUGUCCUCACCUAGAAUCAAAAGGGCGUACAUUCAAACACACACUGCCGGUCCUACUUUCGGAGCUGAUAGACUGUGACAACGCAAGCGCACGGUUAAAUGUGAUUGUUGUAAUGCUCGGGCCUUGUGAAACAUCAGCUCAGACAAAUGGGCACAGUGAUGCUUUUUUGGCAGGCAUCAAAGGCCUCGCUCAGCAUUACAGGUUAUUGUUCAGAUUUUCCAUUGCCGCUUACUGUGACGCACGCUCCAAUGGAGAGACGGCAACGCAGGCUCGGGUGCACGCAUCGGGGCCAUUUGCCUGCCUCUAUGUACCCUCACGUUUAUCUAAUUUCCACAACUGAAAUCCCAAGAGGAUGCCGGUUGACAGACUCGAGGGACGAAUUCUGCAACUCUGUCAACGGAAACCAUCGUCAUUCGUCUCGGCUGCGUUCAGAAAGCAAAACAGUCUGGUGAGAUAAUCGCGGCGCCCCGGGCUAGCGCUUUAAGAUUUGCUCAUUCGACAACAGGAAUAUGAUACCUCAUUUAACAAAAUGGAGGCAAGCGAGAGCGACAAGGUCAGAGACAGCAAACUAACGAUGAACCAACAAGGAGAGAUGGAAACCAGUUAAAGGAAGAUAAAUAAACGCAUACAUGCAUUACUUUUAAACAGUUAAAUAGCUGUGGACAUUUCAUACUUGCUGCCGUGUACACUGUCCUUGACCAUUUUCGUCUGGCUGGAUGAACUUUGGCAGCCAAUAAAUAUUAAGCCGCAAUUGUCAUGCGCCACUUCUUGUUGUCUUCUUUUGUGCCAAAGUUGGCGCGGGAUUGAAGCGCAGAAGACAUGGUCAUAGUCUAUCCAAUCCAUGAUCUUCCCUCAGCUAUCCAUUUCGGAGAUGGCGAUGCUCGCGGUCUUCCUUGUCUCUGGCCACCUCCUCAGUUCCCCUGAGAGGAUGCUGAGGCGUUCCCUGGCCCAAUUGUGAGAUAGUUCCUCCAACGACCUCCUCUCAGUUGGAAAUAUCCAGAACACCUCACCAGGGAGGCAACCAGGAGGCAUCAAAGUCCAAUAAAGUGUCCACAUCAUUGUUGAUGCUGCAGCUGAUCUCACGUGCUUUUCCUUCCCUUUUCUUGCGAACAACAAGCGACAAUGCUUAAAUUUCUCCAACAAAGUCAGGACGGCAACGCCAAAUCAAAGGGUUCAAAUCAAACUUUUACUCCUAAAAAUCAUGGCCUCAGAUUUCGAGGCAUGCGUGGUUAUAGAAAAUCAGACAUUAUGGAGAUAAACCACAGCCAUAGAUCCAACGAGGCCCCUUGAUGCAACUUUUAGAGCGAGAUCAGAGUUGAUCGACAGAAGGUGAAGGAUCUUGCAAGGUAGACUGAACCGGAUGUGUUCCUACUUAAAACACAGUCCAUCGCAACAUUACGGG